AUGGCGGGCCACAGGCACCGCUCGCAUCGGCUGCUGCGAAGACACGCGCGCCAGCCCGACUCGCUGCUUGUCAAACACCACACGCUCUUCCGCUCGCUCUCGCGCUACGCCGACGAGAACGCCACCACCACCGUCUCGACCUCCGCAAAGGCUGCGUCUCGCGCACACGCCGCUGCGCUCCAGUCCAACCGCAUCACACGCCUCAAGCAGCGUUACCCCGUCGCCGACAUUUGGACGUACUCCUGGCCACGGCCGCCUACCGACCAUCCAACAUCGAGCCUCGACCCGAAAACGCAGGUGGACGAGGCAGUGGCGCGCAUUGUGGCAGACUGCUUCGAGCGCGAAUACGAGCGCUUCCGCACGCCAGAGUACUGCAAGGAACACCGCAUAUCGAAAGAGCAUAGGGAUCAGAUCGUCAUCGAUGCAAACGACGUCGAAACGUGUGCGGCUGCAGCACAGGCGCUCGUGCAUACCGCCAUAACGCGGUUCACCACGGCGGCGAACAGGGGGCUUGUUGGCAAGCGGCCGCAAAAGAUUGCCGAAGCAGCGUCGACUUCGGAUGCAGCGGAUGAGGCUCGAGAUGCGGAAAAGGACGCUGCGGAGCUUGACCAAGAGAUGGGCAGGCCGCAGCACACGCUGGGAUGGCAGGAGCUGCUCGACUUUUUCCAGUCCACCGUGGGCAACUCGGCGGCGGCACAGUGGCGCAAUUGGCACCUGAUCGAGGCGAUCGCACGCACUAGACUGCGCUGCAAAGAGCUAUUCCCCCACGAAUCUUCAUAG